AUGCAAACUCGACUUCCAAGUAAAAGUAUUCAUGCAUUAAGUAAAUCACUUUUAGAUCUCAAACCAUUCAUUCCGUCAGAAUUUGUGAGAAAAACCAGACAUAUUCAAGACAUUAGUAGAUGGAAAGCGACGGAAUUGCGUUUAUUUAUAUUAUAUAUUGGUGUUGUUGUACUUAAAGACAUUUUAAAUAAGAAUAUUUAUACUAAUUUUAUGAGUUUGUAUGUUUCGAUAUUGAUACUACUGAGCCCCGACUAUGAGUGUUGUAUAGAUUAUGCUGAAUCAUUGUUGGACUAUUUUGUGAGAACAUUUGAUGAAAUAUAUGGUCGUCAGCAUAUUUCUCACAAUAUCCAUGGUCUUUUACAUAUAGUUGACGACUAUAGAACUCAUGGACCACUGGAUAAUUGUAGUGCAUUUCCAUUCGAGAAUUACAUGAAAACACUCAAAUAUAGAAUUAGGAAACAUGAUAAGCCACUGGAACAAUUAAUUAAUAGAUAUAAUGAAAUAUAUAAUAAUCAAAAUAUCAAUUCAAAUUUAUCAGAACAACACUCAACAAAUGAACAAACAUUAUUAUUAAAAUGUCAUAAAAAUGGUCCUUUAGUAAAAAAAUUAAUGGGUUACAGUAUUACAAAUUAA